AUGUCGUCGCAUCGCAGUUCUGAGGAUUCGCAAUGGCCGCUGCCAGAUGAGCCUGAGGCACAAGCGGAGAGUAAACAAAAGAAGGGCCUCAUGACGAAACUAAAAUCAGGAUGGAAUAGUCUCGGCUUGGACAAGCCGACGAUUCUCCUGAUGAUGAAGUUCCAGGCCGACGUUGUGGCCUCCAAAUUCACUACGGUGGGGUAUCUCAUGGCCAUCAUCUCUGUCCUGGGCUUUUCCAUCCAGCCUCGCGCCAAGUUUAUCCAGAUGAUGGUCCUUGACGUGUUGGCCGUGUGUGUGGCAUCCGCUGUUACGCUGCUCAUGAUGUACUCGUGCGUAAAGGCAAGACAGCAUACUGAAGUGGUGUCGAGCGCGGGUGGCACUAUUGUCAACACGCCGUACAACCAGUCGGCAUCAGCUGUUAGCGGUGUCUGGUUAUUCUUUCAGAUAUACGUUGUCCAUUCGUUUCGGGCUAAGUUCCAGCAGUUCCAGUUUCCGGUUAUCAUCUACUCGAUUGUUGCCAAUGUCACAUUCAGUUACGCCCCCCGCAUGACUACAAUGACGGCUGCCAUAGCUAUGGUCACGAAAUUGCUUGAGGCUUGCCUAGUCGGCUUGGCCAUAGCUACUGGCGUCUGCCUAUUUAUCUAUCCCGUCACCUCACGGACAGUAGUGUUUAAGCAGAUGACCGGUUAUGUGGGAUGCCUGCGUGGAGCUCUUCAAGCUCAUACAGUUUACUUUGAGUCUCUGGAAGAAAGUGACAUGUUUGGUAGGGCAGAAACAUAUGAUUCCAGGGUGGAAAAAAUUACCAAGGACGGCAAGGUGUACAGUCCAGAGGCACAAGCCAUUCGAACAGCAGUGCAGAAAAUCACCGAGAUCCACGGUAAACUUCACGGGGAUUUGACCUUUGCUAAGCGUGAGAUCGCGUUUGGCUACCUCGGGCCCGAUGAUCUUCAAGCGAUCUUUCGGAAUCUUCGACAGGUCAUGAUCCCUGUCGUGGGUUUGAGCUUCACCGUCGACUUGUUCCAGCGCCUGUCUGAAUACAAUAAAUGGAAUUCACCCAUUGAUCCGACGGCGACUGAUAUACCGGACCUGGUACGUCAUCGUGUGGUCCAAGAAUGGAAUGAUAUCAUGCGGGCGGUGCAUGACCCGUUCAAGUCUAUGAUCCAGGCGAUAGACGAGGGUCUCCAGCAUAUCUCAUUUGUGCUAAAAUUGGCAAAGCCACCAAAGAAGACUGCUACUACUGCAAAUGGUGAGACGUCAUCGAGUGGCGUGGAAGAUGUUGAGGCUUCGGCUGUGCCCUCUCCGGGCGACAAGACGUUCGCAGCUCAUCUUGAACAAAGACUUCGUGACUUUAAGGUCGCUAAGCGAAUUGCCCUUCGAACGUGGAGUGAAGAAAAGGGUAUCAAACUGCCUAAAGACUUUUUUGACCGUCCGACGGGUGACAUGGAAGACAUUAGCUAUGGGGAUCCAUUCAUUGGCCGAGAGCGGAGUCAGCGCCAGUUGUACCUGUUUCUCUAUAUGGAGCAGCUACUCAGCUCAACCGGUCAGAUGGUGCUAGAAUUUGUAAAGUUCGCAGACGACAAACGUGAAAGUGGAAAGCUUUCAAGACGCCAUCUUAUUAUACCAGGCUGGAAGCGUUUGCGAAAAUGGGCCACAAGUUUACUCAAGGCAGAAGACACACACGAAGAUGAUAAUAUAGGCGACAUCAACGCUCAGAAUAAUAUUCUUCAAUUGGGCGAAGCAUACAAGCACCGGAAGGAUCCAGAGCAUCUGCGGCCGGAGACCACCUUUCAGAAAAUAGGUGACAAGGUCAGACUCAUUCCUGCGAUGUUCCGCACUCAAGAGUCGGCGUACGGUUUCCGGGUCGCGUGCGCCACCAUGACCAUUGCCAUUGUUGGCCUCCUUCAUGAUACCCAGAGCUUCUUCAUUAAGCAACGCUUUAUUUGGGCUAUGAUUAUGGUUAACCUUAGCAUGACCCCUACCUCUGGACAGAGUAUAUUCGGCUUUGUGCUCCGUAUACUUGGGACUGUAUUGGCCAUGGUUCUCAGCUUUUUAAGCUGGUACAUCCCUGGGAAACAGACCCCGGGAAUUAUUGUCUUCUUCUUCAUAUUUUUAACGUGCGUUUUCUAUGUGCCAAUCAAGCUAUUCCGCUUCCGGGCUAUUGGCAUUAUCACCAUCAUUUCAACGUCCAUGAUAGUCGGGUAUGAACUUCAGGUUCGCAAGGUCGGUGAACAAAUCGCAACCUCGAACGGCCAGUCAUACUACCCCAUAUAUCUCCUUGCGCCAUAUCGAUUGGCAACGGUGACGGGUGGUAUUGCUGUGGCGUUUUUCUGGACGUUCUUUCCGUACCCUAUUUCGGAACACUCCGUGUUGCGUCAAAGCCUGGGGGCCUCUUUGUAUCUUCUGGCCAAUUACUAUUCGCUCAUUCACGAGACUGUGUCUGCACGAGUGCGCGGUGAGGCAGGUGAUAUGGCGCUCAAGACUUCGGCGGGACGCAGACUUUUGAAGUCCCGUAAUCAGGUGUUUUCCAAGCAGAUGUUGAUGUUGAAUAACCUCCGGACCUACUCAGAAUUCCUGAAAUGGGAGGUACCGAUUGGGGGUCGGUUCCCCAAGAAGCAGUAUGAUUCUAUUAUAGCAUGUAUCGAAAACAUCGUGAGUUACCUGAGUCUUCUCGGAUAUGCCUCAGACACAUUGUUGCAAAUUGGUGAUGAUGAGGAAUCAAACUCUGCCUGGCUCCAUGAUUUCAAACGGCUCGUUGCCAGCGCAGGUGUCACAACUCACGAGAUCACCACAGUGCUAUGUCUUCUUUCCGCCAGUAUCACAGAUCGCAGACCUCUUCCCCCUUACCUAAAGACCCCAAGACCGUACAGCUUUACCAAAAGGCUUGAAGCAAUGGACAAGGACAUUCUGAGCGUGAAACACAUCGCAGAGCCAGGAUUUGCUACCUUUGCGGUACUACAAAUCUCCACUAGAUGUAUAGGCGGUGAUGUGGAGAGACUUAUGAAGGAUGUGAAGAAGUUGGUUGGAGAGCUCGAUUUCUCAUUCCAUGCUGUCAGUACAGUGCAGAGCGCCAAGUCAUCUGCUGAGGUAUCGCGAUAUUCGCGAGCGACCGAGCGGAAUAAACUUGAGUAG